GCGGGUCGUCAGUGAGUGAUGUCCUCAGCCAAGAGGCAGUGCUGUUCGCGCGUAGGCCAAGACAAUGGCUUCCAAACUAGAAGGCCGGACUCUCUGCUGGACAUCACGGCCAAGAUAGUGGCAGAAAACAUCCCCUUCCAGAGGAUAGAGGAGCGGUACGACCGUAUCCCGGAGCCUGUGCAGCGCAGGAUAAUCUUCUGGUCGUUCCCGAGGGAUGAAAGAGAUAUUUGCAUGUACUCGUCGUUAUCGCGGGUGACCCCAGUGAGUGCUAGUGGAGAACAUCAGAACCUUAGUUUUUACAAAGGAUUAAAACUGCUGGAGAGUGGAUGUGUAGAUGGAGUCCUUCAAGUUGGGUUCCAUUUGUCCGGAGUAGUGACCAGUCCGCGUGCCAGCAGUCCUCCCGCGCCUCCCUACAAUCCAGAGCCGGACAAGAGGUACAAAGUCUCCGUCAGUUUCGACAGAUGCAAAAUCACCUCAGUAACAUGCAGUUGUGGCACGAAGGAUAUUUUCUGGUGUCAACAUGUGGUGGCGUUGUCGCUCUAUCGUAUCAGAAAUGCAGAAAUCGUCAGACUCAGGGUUCCCAUUUCAGAAACACUACUGCAGAUGGACCGCCAGCAGCUGCAGAAGUUUGUCCAGUACCUGAUCUCAGAACACCACACAGAAGUGCUACCAACUGCGCAGAAACUAGCGGACGAGAUACUCCAACAGCGUUCCGAGAUCAACCAGAUACCAGGAGCGCCAGAUCCAACAGCUGGGGCGAGUGCAGACGACGACCACACGUGGCAUUUAGACGAGGAACAAGUCUGUGAACAGGUUAAGUCCUACCUCUCUCAGGGUAGUUACUACAAUGCCAACAAACAGCUCAACUCACUCUUCGCCAAGGUGAGGGAGAUGUUACGGGCGCAAGACUCUAACGGUGCGCGGAUGUUGACCCUCAUCACGGAACAGUUCCUCUCAGAUCCGCGGUUGCUGCUGUGGAAGUCGCAGGGAACACCAAUGACGGACAAAUGUAGACAGCUGUGGGAUCAACUUGGAGCACUGUGGGUGUGCAUAGUUCUCAACCCUCACUGCAGCGGCCAAGAGAAAGUCCAUUGGAAAGCACUUCUUGAGAAGUGGACUCGCAACGAGGUCUGUCCACAAGAAGAUCCGGACUUCAGGCCACAACCCAUUCCCCGUCUGGACCCGUACCACGGGGGAGGCGGAGGAUUCCACUCGUCGGACAGCAGCUCUGAAGACGAAGGCAAUGGAAACAACGGCAGCAACAACAACAGCAGCAACAACUUCUGCAGCAACAGCCACAACAACCACGGCUCUAGCUCCAGCAGGAGACGAGGAUGGAUGAGUCAUCAUGGUAGAUCUACGUCUGCGCCUAUCCUACGCACAGUCUUCCAUAGAGCUUUGGAUGCUGUUGGAAUGUCCUGGGACAACAUGCAUCUAAAGAACAUCUUGUCCAGUGACUCGUACUGCAGUCAUGUACCGGACAGCUCUCUCAUCUCGGGUACCUUCAACCCCCUCGGACAGCCGCUGUGGCACGAGGCUCUGCCAAUCUGCGCAGCCCGUGUGGACGCUCUGCGGUCCCACGGCCACCAGGCAGCAGCGCUGCGGCUGGCAGUGGCAGUGAUCCGCACUAUGAAGCAGCAACAGCUGACUGCGCAACGCAAGUGGCAUGAGAGUCAACAGAGCAAACCUUGCACUAGCUCAUCUGGCUGCGACAACCACCGUUGCACCGGGUAUGGUGUCCAGUGCACUAGGUCAGAACAGCCGUGCACGUCACGGUGUAGUUACUCCUCUAGAAGUUGUUCUACAGGUUACUACGAUAACCACGCUAGACCCCCCUCUGCUUGCAGUUCACGGUGUACGAGCAAUGGCUUCAGUGACUGUCAUUACCGCUUCAACCCUCUCUGCAACAAUCCUCGCUGCUACAACCCUCUCGGCCGCUCUCAGAGUGUCAGGUGUGGCGUGAGGUGUUGUGUGAAAAGCUGCGGACCUCCACCACAAGGCAACACUGAAGGUUGGGUGGGGCAUCCUCUGGAUCCUAUUGGCUGCCUGUUUGACACUCUGGCCGAUGCGUCUCUAGUCACCGACGACUCGGCUCCUCGAACACCAUCUUACUUCGAUCCUGUUGGGGUUGAGGAGACGGUGAGCAGCAUCCCCCCCAGAUACCAGCACGUUCCUGUGGUUGGGUCCAGGGAUCGGUCCGAGACUUACCUCACUCUAGCUGUGGAGGUGGCUCUGAUUGGACUGGGACAACAGCGGAUAAUGCCUCCUGGACUCUACGCCCAGGAGAAGGCGUGUAAGCAGGAGGACCGGCUGAUCGCGAAGCUCCAGGAAAUGGAGCUAGACAACAGCCUGGUAGCCGUACUGCGGAGACAGGCCAUUGUACUGCUAGAGGGAGGCCCCAGCAGUGGUCUGGGCAUCGGCAUCCACCCGGAGUCUAUCCCCAUGCACACUUUCGCUAGGUUUCUCUUCCUAGCUCUACUCAACUACUACCCGGACCUCGCUUAUGAAGUAGGCCUGAGGGCGAUGAGAUUGCCGGUAAUGGAGGAACAUGAGGACUCUGACGACCCUGUAAACGGAAACGUCUCUUCGUUAGUGCUCAGCCGCUACCCUCGGUGGUUCACCAUUGGACACAUCGAGACACAACAGUGCGCCUUGGCAUCCACCAUGCUCAGUGCUGCCAAAGGAGAAGUGAUGAGGCUACGGACAGUGCUGGAGUCGGCUCAGAGGCACAUCCACAGCUCGUCUCACCUGUUCAAACUCGCCCAGGAUGCCUUUCGCUUCGCCACACCCGAGACUGGACCGAGACAUCCCACCCUGCUCAGCGUAGCCUUUGAACUGGGCCUGCAGGUAAUGCGGAUGACACUAUCCUCUCUGAACUGGCGCCGCAGAGAGAUGGUACGAUGGCUGGUCACAUGUGCAACCGAGGUGGGAGUGGAGGCUCUAGUCUCCAUCAUGCAGAACUGGUACCAGCUGUUCACACCUACUGAGGCUACAGGCCCAGUCGCCACCACCAUCAUGUCUCAUAGCACCAUCAUGCGCCUCAACCUGACGUUUGCUCAACAGGAGGAACUCUCUGGAUGCGCUCGAACACUCGCUCUGCAGUGCGCAACCAAGGACCCUCCCAACUGUGCCUUGAAUGCUCUAACCCUGUGUGAGAACGAAGCACUGGCGUUCGAGACUGCGUACCAGAUAGUGAUUGACGCAGCGUCACACAUCAUGACGUCUUCUCAACUCUUCACCAUCGCUAGGUACAUGGAGCACCGCGGGUAUCCGACACGUGCGUACAAACUGGCGAUGCUCGCAAUGAAGAAUGUUCAUCUGGCGUACAAUCAGGACACUCACCCAGCAAUCAACGACAUUCACUGGGCGUGUGCGCUGAGUCAUUCUCUGGGCAAACAAGAACUGAGCAACAUGAUUCCUCUGCUAGUCAAGAACGUGCAGUGUGCCACUGUGCUGUCUGACAUCUUGCGCAGAUGCUCAAUAAGCGCUCCUGGUGUGUCUUGUCCUCACCCUGUGGAAGGCAAGCAUCAUCAUCACCAUCAUCCCCGCAGCGGUGGGUCCGGACGUAGCAGUGUCAAACCUCUCAGCUACGACAGACCGCCUCUGCGCCAACUAUUAGAAGCCGCAGUCGCCGCUUACGUCAACACAACUCACUCCCGUCUCACUCACAUAUCGCCGCGCCACUACGGCGACUUCAUCGACUUCCUCGGAAAAGCUCGUGACACCUUCGUCCUCGCACACGACGGCCACGCGCAGUUCACGCAGCUCGUGGAAAACAUGAAGCUCGCGUACAAGGGGAAGAAGAAGCUCAUGUUCUUGGUCAAGGAGAGGUUCGGCUGACCAAUGUAUGCGCUCAGAGCUCUCUAGCAUUAGGGUGAUGCGUGGCAGUUUACAGCACUAUCUCGUAAAUAUAUUUUAUGCGGCCUUAUCAGAGAUUUUUAUAGUUUGGAUUACUCGGUUUAGCUUUUAAUUUUUUUCAUCCUUCCAUGUUUUAGUAACGUACCAGUAUUCCGUAGUAUCCGAGUAGUUAUAAGGUUGCUUGUUCGAUCCUGAGCGGGACUCAGAUGCUAUUUGUUAUAGGUGUACCUAUCAAAAGAUCAAUGUCAUAUAGUAACAAGACCAGUGUUCCUUACAAAAAAAAAAGAAAAAAAAUCCAUGGGUGCAAAUAAAAAUAAAAAAUAAAAUUUCUUUGAUAACAAAACAAAAUAUCUGAAAUACACUGGUAUUCAUUGAUUUAUUGAUAGUGUAAACUUACAUUUCUUUGUAUCUUUAAUGUUAUUUUAAAAUUAAUUACGACGAAGGAUGGUCAUUAUAGAGUGCUGUUAACACUACGAUCUCACUUUAACCGUCUUCGCAUCACUCUAAAAAGAGAAAAUUAUUCUAAAAUACUUUCAGUAUUUCAAGCGCGACCUUUAAAAUCCUAUUUUUACAUAUUUUUUGUUUUGUAACUGUGUUAGUUAUAAUCUAAUAAACUGUAUAAUAAUAUGUAACAAUGUAAAUUGAGUAAAUAAUGUCUAAUUCGGCUUAACUAUAUACUAUAUUUUACUAGAGUAAUAUUUUUAUGAGUAUAACUCAUGCUUCCAUUACGUUAUUGUGAAUUUACGACGUGUAUAUGCAGUUCAGCUAUUAUAUUCCCACCAUUUUGUAAUCAAAGUAAUGUUAUUUUUAUGCGACUUGCAUUUUUCACUUGUUAGAUUAAGUGGGUUCAAUUAGUAAGUUUAAAUACUCAGUACAAUAUUUUUAUCAUUACAAGUUAUUUAUAAGGCUCAAUCUGUAGUCUGAAGUUUUUGCAGUUACUUUUUACGAGGAGAUGAUUCAUAAACAUAACAGCACCAAAAUAACUUUCUCAUUUGGUUUUACUCUUUUAUUUUAGAACACCCUUUUAAAAUAAUUUAAAUUUGAAAGAAGCUUUAAAAAGAUGUUUUAAUUAGUUACUACAUCAUCUUUGUUAUUACUUCCUCUUUCAAGUUUAUAAUUAAACUAAUUGGCUCUUCAAUUGAUUCCCUCCCAAAUUUUUACUGUUUCAACCCGAUAUGGUAAGAAAUUACAAUUUAACAUAGAGUGCCUUACGAGAAAGCUAAGUUAGAAGUGAAUGUUCACUUAGUCAAACUUUCCAUAUCAUAUCUUCGUCAACGUUAACUGGUUAUGUUAUGAAUCAUCUGUUCUUAGUUUAAUUUACACAACCGAGAUCUCAAAAAUAGUUAUUCCAAGAAAGGGAGACUCAAUUAGUGAUUUUGGUCACGUUUUGUUAUUUUGAUUUUGAACGUGCAACUUCCCAUUAUUUUACUACCAAAGAUUGUUAUGAUUGUAAAUAUUGCAAUUACUUGUAUAUAAAGUAGUUAGACUAGAACAAUACCGUAGAUCACAGCUUCCUAUAGUCAUUCAGUGUUGUCGAGUACAAAUUUCACGGGACAAAUGAUUCCGCGAUCCUACCUCCGGCUGCGUCCCGUUUUGAUCCGAGACGUCGGCGAAUCGUUCCUAUUAACCGAUUGGUUUGUUAGUCAGCUGUGGCUCUAAUAGUCUAAUUUGAAUUAUUUUCUUUGAUAGAAUUGCAAAACUACAAACAGAAAUGUUUAAACUAGGGAGUAAUUUUUAAAAUAUAUUUAAUUUCAUUUUGUAAUCCAUCCAAAACAUUACAUUUAAUGUAAUAAUGAUUAUAAACGCAAGUAGAAUAACUUUUUAUGGUUUUUAUGAUUGUUUUGUUUAUGGUUAGCGUUUUUUUCAUCCAGCCAAAAUUUUAUGUGUUAUGUUGUUUUUAUUACAAUAUUUUGUUAAACGUUUACGAUUGAGUUGGAAUUUUAUUGUGUUGUUGUCUGUUAUAUGAUCUUUCAAGGUUUUUCAGUUCAUGAUUAGAUUUUUCACCAAUUUUCCAGUUUGUUUUAUUAAUUUUGAUUACUGACUGGAUUCAGUGCUAGGUUACCAGACAGUUUUUUUUUUUUUUUUUUGUAAUUAAUGACAACAAGUUUCGUUAAUUGUAUUAUAACUGAAUAUUAUUUUGUAUUAUUUCAAGACUUAUUUUUUAGUGUAUAAAUAUGUUGUAAAUUAGCAUAUUGUGUUGUUUGAUAUUGUGGUUAUGAAGUUGGAGUUUUGUUCGGAUAGAUUAAAUAACCUACAAAUGGAAAUAAUUUUUUUUUAGUUUCAAACGGUUAACUGUUUAUUAUGUUAUUUACAAUUCAUCCAUGAAAUGUAUUUCUUAUCUGAUUUUUAUCAGAAGAAAUUUCAUACUUGACUGGCGCUGAUAUUUUUCAAAAACAACUCUUACCAAUAAGCGAUGCAACUUGUAGAAAGCUCAGUAUUCAACAUAGUGAUCUUUGUAAAAAGCCUACUUAACUACAGUUCAUUCCAAGGGUGAUCAACUCUCUGUAAUAUAGGUGUAAAGUGACUGAUUUAUAUUGUGUAAUUUAUUUUAGGUAAGCAUAGUUAAAUAAUAGUUUGAAUUCAAGAGACUGUCGUCACGAGUCGUGCACAGUUUUGGUGUACGUUAGUGAUCGCUUUGUCUUAAACUUAUCUUUACGAUAAGCUUUAUAGUUUUAGUUUACAUGAAUCCUAAACUAUCUUGCCAUAAGAUUCAGGUACUGGACGUCAGUGCAGUAGGUCUGUAGAUAUUCAUAUGUCAGCGUGGAUACCUGUUGUGAUAACGUUGCAUAAUUGUCCGUUUGUAGUUUGUAUUAAUUUUAUUUCAAUUAUCAUUCUACUGUGCAACUCAUCAAUAAACUGUUUUUACAAUUAUAAA